GCUGGCUGCUGAAAUCCCGCCCUGUGGGGGAGCGUCACUAGUCGGAUUGAAAUGCACACACGGCGGAGGAAACAUCCGCCCGCCCGCAGAUAACAGUCUGCUAAGGUAGCGCGUGGGGCUGCUUCCCACCAGCGGCGUCGGGGGUCGAGAGCCAGCGGGGAAAGGACGCGCGAUGUGUCGGCCAGCUCUGACCAGGCUGCUGCUCUUGCAUCUGCUCCUGAUCAAGCUCCACAGCGCCAGAGGCUCCGGGAAGGAGUGCGAAGAGAACCAGUUUCAGUGCCGGAACGAGCGGUGCAUCCCUUCCAUUUGGAAAUGUGACGAGGACGAUGAUUGCUUGGAUAAUAGUGACGAAGCAGAUUGCCCCAAGAAGACUUGUGCAGAGUCUGAUUUUACCUGCAACAAUGGUCACUGCAUCCCGUCCAGAUGGAAGUGCGAUGGGGAGGAGGAAUGUUCAGAUGGAUCCGAUGAAUCCGAAUCAAUGUGCACCAAACAAGUAUGUCUAGCUGAAAAAAUUAGCUGUGGAGACUCCAGCAAUAAAUGCAUUCCUGCGUCUUGGAAAUGUGAUGGAGAAAAAGACUGUGAAAGUGGAAUUGAUGAAGCUGGUUGCACUAACAUCUGUUCUUCAAGUGAAUUCCAGUGCAGCAACAAGACCUGCAUAGCCACAAUCUUUGUCUGUGAUGGUGACGAUGAUUGUGGUGAUGGCAGUGACGAGAGAAAAUGCCCUCCCUUCACUUGCAACCCGAAUGAGUUCCAGUGUAACAAUAGCCUGUGCAUCCCACAGAUUUGGGUCUGUGACAAACAGCCUGAUUGUGAGGACCUCUCAGAUGAGUCCAUGGAGAGGUGUGGAUACAAACUCAAACCACAAAUUGUGAACACCUGUGCAGCGCACGAGUUCCAGUGUGGCAAUGGGGAAUGUAUCCAUUUGAAUUGGAAAUGUGAUGGAGAUGAAGACUGCAAAGACAAGUCAGACGAACAAGAUUGUUCCUUGGUGACCUGCAGCCCUGAUGAAUUCCAGUGUGGUGAUGGGACCUGUAUCCAUGGAGCUAAACAGUGCAACAAAGUGCACGAUUGCCCUGACAACAGUGAUGAAGCUGGCUGCAUUAAUGAGGCGACGUGCGAGAGUCCCACCAAAUUUCAGUGUAAAAGUGGAGAAUGCAUAGAGGAAGUCAAGGUGUGCGAUUCACACAGGGACUGCAGGGACUGGUCCGAUGAGCCUCUAAAAGUUUGUGAUGUGAAUGAAUGUGCCCUGAACAAUGGUGGUUGCUCCCACAUUUGCAAGGACUUGAAGAUUGGCUAUGAAUGUGAAUGUCCUCCUGGAUACAAGCUUAUGGACAAGAAAACGUGUGGAGAUAUAGAUGAAUGUGAGAAUCCAGAUGCCUGUAGCCAGAUCUGCAUUAACUACAAGGGAGACUAUAAAUGUGAAUGUUAUGAUGGUUAUGAGAUGGACACCCUGUCUAAAAACUGCAAAGCCAUAGGAAAGAGCCCAUACCUUGUUUUCACAAACCGCCACGAAGUACGCAAGAUUGACCUGGUGAAAAAGGAUUACUCUCGCAUCAUUCCUAUGCUGAAGAAUGUGGUUGCUUUGGAUGUGGAAGUGGCAACAAACAGGAUAUACUGGUGUGAUUUAUUCUACAGGAAGAUAUACAGUGCCUACAUAGAUAAGGCCAGUGACACAGCUGAGCAGAUGGUUCUGAUAGACAGCCAGUUACACUCCCCGGAAGGUCUGGCAAUGGAUUGGGUCCACAAGAACAUUUAUUGGACGGAUUCAGGAAACAAGACCAUUUCUGUAGCCACAGCUGAUGGGCAUAAGAAGAGGACACUUUUCAGUACUAACUUAAGUGAACCCAGAGCUAUUGCGGUGGAUCCCAUACGGGGAUACAUGUAUUGGUCUGACUGGGGAGACAUAGCAAAAAUUGAGAAAUCUGGCUUGAACGGUAUGGAUCGGCAAGUGCUCGUGACAGACAACAUUGAAUGGCCCAAUGGAAUCACACUGGAUUUGCUGAAUCAACGUCUCUACUGGGUUGAUUCUAAGUUGCACUUGCUUUCAAGUAUAGAUUUCAGUGGGAGCAAUCGGAAAGUUCUUAUCUCUUCUGUGGACAACCUGAGCCACCCAUUUGGACUGGCCGUGUUUGAGGACAGGGUAUUCUGGACUGACUUAGAGAAUGAGGCAAUCUUCAGUGCUAACAGGCUGAAUGGUCUAGACAUUUCUAUUUUGGCAGAGAACCUCAAUAAUCCUCAUGACAUUGUAGUUUUUCAUGAACUAAAGCAACCCAAAGCCCCAGAUGUUUGUGAACUUCAUUCUCUGCCAAAUGGAGGGUGUGAAUACCUGUGUCUCCCUGCACCACAAAACUCUCCACACUCACCCAAAUAUACAUGUGCUUGUCCAGACAAUAUGUGGUUAGGCCCUGAUAUGAAAAAGUGUUAUAAAGAACUUCCAGCUACCUCAACUGAAUUGCCUACUACUGCUGCUACUCCUACCACAUCAAGAAGUUACCUUCUGAACUUUACGGCUAUUACUGCUGACAGUGUGACUACUACAACUGACAAUGUUAGUACGGAAGGAUCAGAAACUACAGCACAAGUCUUUCUCAGCGUGACAAGCCUUCAUUCAAUCACAGUGACAUCCAGCCCAGCUGAUAGUAAAAUAGCAACAGGAAAUAGCAAUCUCUUCCAGCACUAUGCCAACAAUGGCCAGGCUUUUGGCUCAACUGUGAUGGCAGCCAUUAUCGGAAUUGUUGUUCCUAUUGUGGUGAUCGGUUUACUAUGCACAGGUGGGUAUCUCAUCUGGCGAAACUGGAAGAGGAAAAAUACAAAAAGCAUGAAUUUUGAUAAUCCUGUGUACAGGAAGACUACGGAAGAAGAAGAUGAGGAUGAAAUCCAUAUUGGGCGAACAGUACAGAUUGGUCACGUAUACCCAGCACGUGUGGCACUAAGUCUAGAAGAUGAUGGGCUACCAUGAGGAAUAAACCGACUCCAUUUCCAUGGUUAAUGGAUCAAAAGAAAUGCACUGAACCUGUCUACUGUGGCUAAUGGAAUCCACCUUCUUCUCUUUCCUUCUCCUCUCCUUUAUAUUUAUGUUGCAAAAGGGUAACCACAAAGUUGUAAUGAACUGCAAACAUCCAAAGGAUGUGAGAGUUUUGUAUGUAUAAUCUUUUAUACACCCUUUUAACUUCUUGCACUAUCCAUCUGUAAUAGUGAGGAGCCUACUACUGAAUGCUGCCAGCCCAACCCAAGGAUCAGCAGCUUACACAUCAUUUCUAAAAAUUAUAUUUAUAGAUGUUUUGUAAAUAUGUCAAGCAUACUUUGUGGCUAUCUUAUCAAUAUACGGACAGAAAGAGAGAUCUGUAUAAACCAUUUAGAAUAUUUAUUAACAAAUUCUGAAUAUCAAAUUUGAGCUGUACAUAUAUGUAGAGGACAAAAGUAUUUAUAUUUUUUUUUUACAUUUGACUCGUAUUGCAGAGAUAAUUUGUAUAUCUAUCAAGGCUGGAUAGGUAUUUAGACAUUCACAUAUAUAAAUAUACAUAUAUGAAUAUAUUUUAGAAAGAAUAGCUCAGCUCUAUGAUAAAUAGAGUAAUUUAAUUCUUAAAGGAUGUUUAGUGAAAACUUUGCUACAAAGUCUAAAGCCACUGAGUGAGAAUCAUAGAUGUUACAAUAAGAUAAUCCAAAAAUGAUCAAGAAACUAAAGUGUCCCCAUCAUGAACAAACCAAACUCUGCAGAUAAUCCUCAAUUUACAACCACUGUUGGAACCAGAAUUUCCACUGCUAAGCAGGACAGUCAUUAAGUGAGCUGAGCAUGAUUUUACUACCAUUUUGCAUGGUUAAAUUAACCACUGCAGUUGUAAGUAAGCCAUGUUAAGUGAGCCAAGUGAGUCUGGUUUCCCCAUUGAAAUUGGCUGGAAAAGUAGCAAAUGUCAAUCACAUGACCCCAGGAACCUGCAAUUGUCAUAAAUUGCCAGUUGUCAAGCACCCACAUUUUGAUCAUGUGACUGUGGGGAUCCUGCAACAGUUGUAAGUGCAAGGAUCAGAUUACAUCAUUUUUUUCAGUGCUGUUGUAAUUUGGAACCGUCGCUAAACAAAUGGUUGUAAGUUAAGGACUACCCGGGCCUGCAAGGUAGACCUGUUUAUGCCUCUGACGCUUGCACACCCAGCAAAAGGCAGAGUUCUCAUGCCAAUAAUGAGCCCCUUGCAAAGAUUUCCCAUCUGCUUUUAUCAGAAAGAAUAUUUGUGCUCCUAAAAGCCUGGGUUAACAGAGGUACUCUUUUUCAGUAAAUGGAGAAGCUCAGAACAUUGCUACAAGCAUCGCCCUGUAAAAUGGAGGACAGUGCCCAUACAUCCCAAAUCAUUAACCUGGCAAGAUAUAAGCAAAUUUAAGAUGCCAUCUGUAAUACAGUUUUUAAGAAAAGAGCCCACUCUUGGUGACCACUCUUCAAAGUAGCCAUAUAUUGGUUAGCCUUAUUAAUUUUUAAGCGUUAUAAAGCUUCAUUAUUGGUUAAAAAAAGAGUGUUCACCAAUUAUACCUAGUUUUCUUUUAGAGCUUAUUAAAUGAAUGUAAGAAAGGAUUUUUUUCUCCAGUAUCUCACCUGUGCAGAACAAUUCUACGUAUAUAUUUUUAAAAGUAAGUCUCAUGGCAUUCAGUGGGACUUGCUGCUUUUUACUGUAAGAAUGCAUAAGAUUAUGGAAACACUGGUUUUAGUGGGCUGAAGACAUUGGAAGCUAUUCCAAAUAUAUGGAAUCAGUUUUAAGCCAAAUCUGAUGAAAUUAUUCUGAUGAAGCCAUUAUUCUGCUAGUAAUCUUUGCUGUUGAUUCAAAUUAGUGGAAUUAAUGAUCCAAGAUUAUAGUCCUUUUCCCUGGAAUUCUCAUUCCCCAUUUAUUCAAAGUUUAUAAAGAAUCAAAGUGAAGUUGAUGACAUCAAAGAAUAUAAUGUGCAGGGGUGGGGGAGGAAGUAGUAUUAAAAAGAUUACAGCUUGUCUACUUGCUGUAGGAAUAGCACAAAUGUUGUGCUAUUGGGGUAUCCUAUGCUUCUAAUUUAAGUUUCCUAUUUGCAGAUAUUACUGUUUCAUUGAAUCUUGUUAAUUACAUUUGGUUAAUUGCACUUUGAAUGGUCUCUUUUAAUUAGCCUAACCUAAAGUAAUUUUCUCUUCCUGUGGGAAAUUGUAUUUCCCUUGUAAAUUUCCCAAGUAAAUGAUUAAAAGAGGGAAAAAUGUAGAGUUGUAAUACACACACACACAAAAAAAAAAUCCAGAAACUGAUCUUGGAGCAAUUAUACAAUGGUUAGAAAAGAAGCAAUUGAUCAUAAAUUUUCCAGCCACAAGCAACUGGAAGCAGUAAAAAUUGCUGGACCUGUAAACAAGAAACUUUGAAUUACAACUGGAAAGGAUUUUGCUGAACAGGGCUAAAUUAUAGGGAAGUAUUAUUGAAGAAUUUAGGUCACGAUAAAGAACUGUCCAGGUAGUUUAAUACUGUAUUAAGUGUUGCUUGGAUCCACCAUAUUUAAUUCAAUAUUCAGCUAAUUACAAAAGAGAAUUCUAGAGGGGAAAAAACCCAAAAUUUACGAAAGUCAAAGUGGCACAUCUUUAUUGGUAUAAACUAUUAUAUGAUCAGUGGGCCCACUUAUUUAUUUGGAUUUUGCUGUUGAUCCAAUUGUUGAACAAUUUUUUGAUCUGGUUGUACCCAAAUGAAAAGCACAACAGUGUAAACCAGGGGUCUCCAACUUUGAAACUUGUGGACUUCAACUCCCAGAGUUCUUUGAGAACUUUGGGAGUUCCCAGAGAACUUUGGGAGUUGAAGUCCACAAGUCUUAAAGUUGCCAAGGUUGGAGACCCAUAGUGUAAACCAUAGGACUGAUGGAGGUAUCCUGAAGAACCACUUCUGAGCGUUAAACUAAAUAAUCUCAUGACCUCCCUGGAACUCAUUUUUUUUAUCUUAAAAGUUAGUUACCAGUGAGCUUGGGUGUACUCCUGAAUAUAUUUUUUUUCUCCAGAUGAUGUGGGUUAAUGGAAAGGACUAAAAAGAUCCACCUGAUCUGGAGAGGCAUUCUGAUAAUGCAUGUCCCAGAAUAAUUCCAGAGAGAGUUUUUUUUAAACAAACAGGGUAACUGCAAUUUCUCAUGAGGUAGUGAAGUUGAAAGGAAAUGCCUGGCCAUGACAUUAACUAGUGAGCAUAAAUCUCCAUGGGGGGAGGAUGGUGGGCAUGUGACAAAAAGAAAGUGCACAAUGUCAUGACCCAAACACCAUGACUUACAUAUAUUUGUGUCGGUCAUCAGGGCACUAAUACAUAAAGCUGGGUUUUGCCUGUCACUGCAUAUGUAAUGUCAUUUCCCCAUGAUUGUGGCUAUUGCAGAUACCAGUGCUAGGCUGAACAGGAAUUUGCAAUCUUGUUAAAUUCCUUAAUUUUGGUGCUCUGGAUAGCUAUUUGCAUGCACUAGAAAACUGAGCUGUGAAACUGAAAAUGCUGUAGAAUUAUUUUUUGCCUAGGAUCUCUUAUAAAUAAUUAUGAAUAAGCAAUAUCUAUUAAGCAUAGCAGUUCCAGUAGGUGGCUAUUAUAUCUCCUCUGUACUGCCUGGUAGCCUUGAAUUGCAACUCUUGUACUGACUGUAUGAAACACUGUAAUCCUGGGUUGGUUUUAAAAAAAAUUCUGCCCUUCAUAGAAUCAAUUUCAUAACAAAUUGAACUUUUGCUUGAAAUGUAGUGAUACAAAGACAAUCUUGUACUUUUAUAGACUUCAAAGAUUUUCUCUGCAAACAAAACAGAUGAUCUAAUGCAGGGGUCUCAAACUCGCUGCCCGCAGGCCAGAUGCGUCACAUGCUGUCCACGCCCCCACCCAGUUAAGGGGAAAAAAGUCCCAAUAUGUCACGUGAUGACGCAGGUUUGACAGCCCUGAUCUAAUGGUUGCAAAAUUGCUUCCAGUUUAUACGAUGACAUGUAUACACACAGAGUAUCCCAUGUUUAUGAUGGCUGUUCAACUACUAAAAAUAUAUAUUCAUUGAUGUAAGUCAUAAUAUUCAAGAUGACUCUCUGAUAAUAGGAAGUCAUCUUGAUGACAAAUACCAAUAUGCCUAAACUGGUCCUUCAUGUUAAGGAUAAGUGAGUGAGAAGUUAAAAGAGUAUAAUAGAAUCUGCACCUUGGAAAGUUUAUUCACUUUGCUGCUUGUUUAUAAUGGGUAUUGAGAAGGAUGUCUAUUUCUUUCUGCUAGAUUUUGAGAAAGAAGCUUUAGAGUUAAAUACACGCUUCUGAAGAAAAAUGUAGAGGGAAAAGAAAAUAUUUAAAGCUGCUCUACUCAGUUACUACAAAACCAUGCACUGUGUGCAUGAACAAAAUUAUAAAAUAAAGAAAAAGGCUUUGUAUGUAAUAACUGUAACUAACCUCAAACUGUAUAUAGAUUUGAAUAAUUUACCAUUUUGAUACUUUUUUCAAAAAAAAAAAGUAAAACCUUGUACAAAUCCUAUGUAUAAUGCUGGAAUUUUUCUCCAAACCAUUGUAAAUUACUCGGUUUUCCUGAUUUCCAACAUGACAGAUUUGUAACUACAUCGAGUUGAUAAUCAAAUUUUCCUUAAAAUAAAAAUAAUAUUUUCAAUACAAAACUGGGAACAUUCAAAAUUUGUUUAUCACUGUACAGUAAUCAUUUUUGAGCUUUGUCUUGUCAUAAUGAAAUUCCAUUAGGAUGCAGCGUUCUUGCGUGGUGCCUUUUCUGUUUGUUUUUAUUCUGAACAAAUGGUUUAGGGUGGUACUUUUCAACCUUAGUAACUUUAAGAUAUGUGGACUUCAAAUCCUAGAAUUCCCCAGCCAGUAUGCUAGUAGGGGAAUUCUGUGAGCUGAAGUCCACAUACCUUAAACUUGCCAAGAUUGAGAAACAUUGGGUUAGGGGUAUGGAGAAGGGAGGACUCUGCUGUUUCUAAUGUUUCUGAUACUUACAUCCAUAGAGGGUACUGAAAAACCAAAUGAAUACAUUUGUAAGACUGUGUACUGUUUCUAUAGAGAGAUUAAAUUUUUUAUUGACUUA